AGAUAAUGUGUGGGCGCGUGUGCGCGUGGACUCGGGAGUAAUCGGAAGGCGCAAGCAAAGGAGGAGAGAGAGCGCGAGAGGCAGAGAGAGAGAGUGCAAGCAAGGAGGGGAGAGAGAGAGAGCGCAAGCAAGGAGGGGAGAGCGAGAGAGAGAGAGAGAGAGGAGCGCGUCCUCUCUCGGUGCACUUUGCAGUUAGUUGCGGGCUUCUGUUGCUGGUGUGGCGGAUUGCUGGUCGCAGGGAACUUUACCACACUGGAUCCCAAAGUCCGUCUCUCUCACGUGCGCAGUUCGGAGCUGCCAUGGAUCUUGCGCCUGGAUUGGCAUUCUUAAUUAUUUUGCCGUUAUUUCUGCACACGAACGGUCUCUAUAUCGCCAGUAGCGUAGGCUCUCUGCAGCAGGUGCUGGGGGAGUAUGGACUGGUCAGGCCGGUGAGCACGGACGCUGAGGGCAGGUUCCUGUCGCACGUCGUGUCGGCCGGCCGUUCGGGCGGGCAGCCCCGUAGGCGCUGGCGGAGAGAGACGGGAGCGGCGGAGCACCGGGGGACGGAGCAGGAGGAGGAGGACAACGAGGAGGAUGAGGAGGAAGGGCGCGGCGGCGGCGGCGGCGGCCGGCUCUUCUACAACGUCACGGUCUUCGGCCGGGAGUUCCACCUGCGCCUGCGGCAGAACGCGCGGCUGGUGGCGCCCGGGGCCAAGGUGGAGUGGCAGGACGACGACGAUGGCGGUGUCGGUGGCGGCGGCGGCGGCGGGGGCGAGGGGACGCGGAGCGAGCCGCUGCGGGCCGACUGCCUCUACGUGGGCGACGUCAGCGGAGUGAGCGGCGCGUCCGUCGCCAUCAGCAACUGCGACGGCCUGGCUGGGAUGAUCCGCACGGAGCAGGAGGAGUUCUUCAUCGAGCCCCUGGAGCGCGGAGGUCACGUGACGGGGGAGGAGGAGGGCGGAGCCGGGCGGCAGCACAUCGUUUACCGCUCCUCGGCCGUCAAGAAGCCGCCCGCCAACCUGUCGGAGGACUUCCACUCCAGAGGAGGAGCGGAGCUGGGGGGGCUGCUGGACCUGGAGACUCUGUACCGGGGGGUGGAGCAGAACCUGAACCAGAGCAGACGGGCCCGGCGCCAGGCGGUGGACCGGGCCUACAACAUCGAGGUGCUGCUGGGCGUGGACGACUCUGUGGUGCAAUUCCACGGCAAGGAGCACGUGCAGAAGUACCUCCUCACCCUCAUGAACAUCGUGAACGAGAUCUACCACGACCAGUCCCUGGGGGCUCGGAUCAACGUUGUUCUGGUGCGGAUCAUCAUGCUGGGCUACGGAAAGUCCAUGAGCCUGAUAGAGCUGGGGAACCCGUCUCAGAGUCUGGAGAACGUGUGUCGCUGGGCCUUCCUGCAGCAGAAGCAGGACUCGGGCGACGCGGAGUACCACGACCACGCCAUCUUCCUCACCCGCCAGGAGUUUGGGCCCACCGGCAUGCAGGGUUACGCCCCAGUGACGGGCAUGUGCCACCCGGUGCGGAGCUGCACUCUGAACCAUGAGGACGGGUUCUCCUCUGCAUUCGUAGUGGCACACGAGACCGGACAUGUGCUGGGUAUGGAGCACGACGGCCAGGGGAAUCGCUGUGGAGACGAGGUGCACAUGGGGAGCAUCAUGGCCCCAUUGGUGCAAGCUGCCUUCCAUCGCUUCCACUGGUCCCGCUGCAGCCAGCAGGAGCUGGGCCGCUACCUGCAUUCCUACGACUGUCUCCGUGACGACCCCUUCGACCACAACUGGCCGUCGCUGCCGCGGUUACCGGGGAUCCACUACUCGAUGAACGAGCAGUGCCGCUUCGACUUCGGCGCCGGCUACAUGAUGUGCACUGCGCUGCAAAAGGUGGGCCAGUCAGGAACACAGUAUCGCACUUUCGACCCCUGCAAGCAGCUGUGGUGCAGUCACCCCGACAACCCCUUCUUCUGCAAGACCAAGAAGGGCCCGCCCAUCGACGGCACCAUGUGUGCCCCCGGAAAACACUGCUUCAAGGGCCACUGCAUCUGGCUCACCCCGGACAUCCUGAAACAGGACGGGAACUGGGGCAUGUGGAGCAAGUUCGGGGAGUGCUCUCGGACCUGCGGGGGAGGGGUCCGCUUCCGAGUCCGGCAGUGCGAUAACCCAAUCCCGGCCAACGGCGGCCACACCUGCUACGGCCCGAACUACGAGUUUCAGCUGUGCAACUCGGAGGAGUGCGCCAACCUGUUCAGCGACUACCGCGAGGACCAGUGCCGCAUGUUCGACCCGUCCUUCGAGUACCAGAACGCCAAGCACCACUGGCUGCCCUUCGAGCACUCGGACCCCAAAGAGCGUUGUCACCUUCACUGCCAGUCCAAGGAGACGGCGGCCAGGGUGGACAUGCAGCGGAUGGUGUACGACGGCACCCGCUGCUCCUACAAAGACCCCUACAGCAUCUGCAUGCGCGGGGACUGUGUGAAAGUGGGUUGCGACGGGGUCGUUGGGUCCAGCCAACAGGAGGACAAGUGUGGGAUCUGUGGGGGGGACAACUCCAGCUGCAAAAUUGUCAAGGGCAACUUUCACCGCAGUGCCAAGAAACAAGGUUUCCUCAAAAUCCUUGAAAUCCCUCGAGGUGCCAGACAUCUGCUCAUCCAGGAGUUCAAGGGAACUCCGCACGUCCUCGCGGUGAAGAACCAGGCCACGGGUCACAUCUUCCUGAAUGGAGAGGGCGAGGCCCCUGAAUCGCGCAGUGUCAUCGAGAAGGGGGUGGAGUGGGAGUACGAGAACGACGACGACAAGGAGGCGGUCCAGACCACCGGCCCGCUGAAGUAUGGAGUCGUCAUCAUGAUACGGUCUCACGGCGACUCCAAGGUCACCCUGUCCUACAAGUACAUCAUCCACAAGGAGCUGCAGUCCUUCAUCGAAAACAACGUCCUGCAGGAGGACUCCUCCUUCUACGAGUGGUCCCUGAAGAAGUGGUCCCACUGCUCCAAGCCCUGUGGCGGAGGUAAGCAGUACACACGGUAUGGAUGCCGGAGAAAGUCUGACAGUAAGAUGGUCCACCGGGUCAACUGUGAGAACAUAAAGAAGCCUCAAGCCAUCAGCAGAGACUGCAACCAGAAAGAGUGCUCACUGCCCAUCUGGGUGACGGGGGACUGGGAGACCUGCAGUAAGUCCUGUGGGAAGACGGGGUACCAGAUGCGCUCGGUGCGCUGCAUCCAGCCGCUACACGACGGCACCAACCGCUCCAUCCACAGCAAGUACUGCAACGACGACCGGCCCGAAGCCCGGAGACCCUGCAACCGACAGCUGUGCCCCGCCCAGUGGAGGGUGGGGCCCUGGUCACAGUGCUCGGUAACGUGUGCCAAUGGGACACAGGAGAGGCAGGUUCUGUGUCACGCGCGGGACAACACCAUCGGCCUGUGCCUGGACGCGAAGCCGGAGACCGUCAGAGCCUGCAGACUUUCGGCAUGUCCAAAGGGUUCUUCGGACCACAAGAACGGGAACUUCCUGAUUCAGUGGCUGUCCCGGCCCGACCCAGAGUUCCCCCUCCACAAGAUCUCUUCAAGGCAGCGUUGCCAUGGGGACAGGUCGGUGUUCUGUCGGAUGGAGGUGCUGAGCCGGUACUGCGGCAUCCCAGGUUACAGGCAGAUGUGCUGCAAGUCCUGCAGCGAGGGCAACCACACGGCACGCACCAACGGCACCACGUCGCUCCGCAGGAAGUACACAUCGCCUCCUAGCGACGCAGACGGGAACUACACCGCCGUCCCCGCUCACACUGCUAUGAGCUACACCCCGGCUCCCAAAAAUACGAGCAGGGAGUACACCGAAGCCCCGUGGCUCACGACCAGCGCGCACUCUUUAUUUUCCACGCCUACCGUCGCGAGCAAAUACACCGGUACGUUCAUCCCUGACACCUCCUCCUUCAGUUACACUACAGAUCCCAGCACCACCUUCAGCGGGGCUGGCGCUACGGUUCCCAGCGUGCCCGUCAGCGAAGAGGACACCUCGGUUUCCAGCACCGCUGUUGCUGGAGAAGACUCCACGGAUCCUGGCAGCAGCGUCGGCUUCGAUGGCACUACGGUUCCCAGCAGCACUGUCACCAGCGAUGAUGUCACAAUGCCCAGCGCUAUUCUUACUGGCCGUGACAUCGCCGUUGCCAGUCCCACCGCGUCCGCUUGGUUCGACACGACGCACGCGCCCCAGCCCACCGUUGGUCCAACCACGGAAGCUUCCGGAGAGGACGCGACACCGACGACCGCCACCGUGACAACCGCCGUCGUCACGACGGCGACCUCGCGGGCCCCGGCCAGCACCGUCAGCGCCCGGCUGCCGAACAAAACGGAGGAGGUGAGGGAGAACAACUCCAUCGACGUGCCGUACAGGAUCGUCGGCGUGGACAACGUCGAGGUGUCCCAGAACAACUUCAUCCCGCGGGGGGGGGCGGCGCCUGUACCGCGAGCGAACUCGGAACAAGCGCAUCCAGGAGCUCCUGGCCGAAAAACGCAGCUCCCUGCGACGGACGCGGAGCGGACCGAGCGCGUGAGAGAGCGACGGCGUGGGAAUUUCUCUUAUAGAGACGCGUCUUCGUCAAUCACAGACUGGAACUGUUUUAAUCCCCGGAUCUGCAAUGGUGCUCCGUCUGGUGCUGGAAAAAAUUGUUUUUUUUAAAAUUAAUAAUAUUGAGGAAAAGUAAAAACCCGGUACCGAUUCUCCCGACGACUUUUAACUGGAGAAAUAGCUAACAAGAUGUUGUGGAAAUGAAUAACCACUGGCAAAUGUUUGCACAGUUGCUUUUAAAAUCAAAGACCUUCCCUUUAGGAUGUUUCUCUAAAGAUGUUUGAUGGAAGCAAUAUUCUGAGUAUGGGCAUGUUUGCGAUGUCUCUUGACAGCAGGUUAGGCACGAUAGGCAUCCUAGAAGUGACACUUUAUCUCUCCAAACCCUUCUGAGGCCUCAGAGUGCGAGACAGAAGCCCAUAGGAAAGAUGUGAGUUCACCACAAACCCUUCUCCACUCCGCUCAAAUGCCCCUGCACAAAUAGCCUAUAUACGCACAUUCUUCUUCGUCCAGCCAGCAUCCAUUUUAAUUCUACUUUGUCAUGAUCUUUUGAUAACCUUCUUCUCGAAGAUUCGUGUUGGCAAAGUAAUUCUACUCCUAAGUGCACAUACACAUGCUUUGACUUUGCCAGCAUAGCCUCGGACUGCAGCACAUUUCCUAUAGAUAGAAGCUAGGAUGUGCCUGGAAAUUAUUUUAUCUGUUUACGGAUACAGUUCGCUUGUAGAAGCGACUCUUAAAGCAGCGCAUGUGUAUUAUUUUAUAAGAACCCAUCAGUUCUUCAGUUAAAGUUUGAUUCUUCUCAAGCCUUGCUUUCUCUCUCUGUUUUUUUUUUUUUUUUUGGACAUUUCCGUUUUAUUUUUAAGCUAAAAUCAUUCACCAGCAAAAGAAAACGCCACAAAACAUGUUUUAUGACAAUUUAGACAUUUAGCCGACACUUAUCCAGAGUGACUACCUUUUUGUACACACAGCUUACACUCUUUUUACACACUAACGCAUUUAAUCAGCUGGUUAUUCAGGUGAAGUAGCUUGCUCAGGUGUACAAUGACCUCAACUGGGCGUUACAAUUACAACCUUGGAGGUGUUAACCCUAACCAUUACGCUACACUGCCACGCUGCUCAAAACGUAUAAUUAUAAACUAUUAUAAACAAAAAUGAUACAAAAAAAGCUUAUGUAUUUAAAUCACCAUGCUACAACUGCACAUCGUUUGUUAUUUAGAAUAUGCACCUACUCAGCAGGGUAGAUUAGACAGAGCAGGGAUUAUUUACUACAGUAAAACAGGGUACCUUUUUUCUCUCUAGCCUUCUUUUAGUUUAUAACGACUACCUGCAUUUCAGUUAUCUGUGAUUUUAAUGCAAUAAUUGUGCUAAAUUAGAGCAGGCUUCUCGCACACACACGUGCAGAAAUUAUCUCUCUCUCUCUCUCUCUCUCUCUCUCUCACUCUCUCACACACACACACACACACACACAUCAUCCUUCUCUCCCCCCACUUUUAAGACCACAAUGGAAAUAAGCUUUUUAGCGUUCUUGUGUUAUCUUCAUAGUUUUUCAAGAUUGGCACUUGAUCCUCUUGUAUUUUUUCUUCUUAUGAUCAUCAAAUAAAUUCAGUCAGUCAAUCAAUCAAUCAAUGUCCACCAGGAAGCCACCAAGUUGGGUGCACAGACAGGGUUUGGAGAAAUAAAGUUAAUUCUGGACCUACCAGGUACGAUUACAGCCAUUCCAGCGGCUUCAGCACUAGAAGUCUGUGACUGUAGUCCUACCCUAAUAACUCUAACCGCUGAAGCAGUCAUGUCCAGCUCCGGCUGUUUGUUGCACAAUGACUCACUGCUUUUUAAAUGCAAAGAAAAUGAACAGGUCUCUGUGUAACUUUGGGUAGUGGAAUGGACAGAUCAUAUUUUUUAAAAAUGCCUUGGCACACCAUAGUAUUGUGCGUAAAGGAAUCCAAGAAGUGCUUUGAGUGUAAAGAUUCAGAGUCGGAGUGAAAAGAUUCAGAGUCGGAGUGUAAAGAUUCAGAGUCAGAGUGAAAAGAUUCAGAGUCGGAGUGUAAAGAUUCAGAGUCAGAGUGUAAAGAUUCAGAGUCAGAGUGAAAAGAUUCAGAGUCAGAGUGAAAAGAUUCAGAGUCAGAGUGAAAAGAUUCAGAGUCAGAGUGUAAAGAUUCAGAGUCAGAGUGAAAAGAUUCAGAGUCAGAGUGUAAAGAUUCAGAGUCAGAGUGUAAAGAUUCAGAGUCAAAGUCGAUCAGGUAACUCUCAGCUUAAUUGCUUGGCGCUUCGCAGUGUUAUACAGGUUUACUGUGAGAAUAUAACGGAUUCAUAACGGAUUCAUAACGGAUUCAUAACGGCUCUUCUCCCAUCCCGUCUCUCCUCGUACGUACUGACAUGAUAAUACUCUCCAAAGUAUUCCUGAGACCUUUUCAUUCACUUUUGUGUAUUACAUUUUUAAAAACGUAAAAGAAAAAAGAAUGAAAAAUAAAAACUCUUAUUUACCUACUGCAUCACAACGGAAGCUCGCAGGGCCAGUUAUUUCUGAUGUCUGAACGCUCUUCUUCGCAAACGGCUUCGAAAACGAAAGCGCGGAGGGUCUCGCUGUACGAUAUCUGUACAUAUGAAUCAGAACUUUAUUUUGAAUAUUUAUUAAAGUUCAAGUGCCUGUGGUAUUUUGCACA